AUGGCGGGUGGUCUCGUCAAAUACCGGCAUCUGAGCCGCAAAUCGUCCGCCAGACAAGCUCUGCUGCGCGGCCUCGUCACGCAACUCGUCCAAUAUGAACACAUCCAGACCACAUACGCAAAGGCCAAGGAGACGCAGCGCCUGGCAGACAAGCUAAUAACGCUGGCCAAGAGGAACAAUGAGCCGUGCAGGAGAUCAGCGCAGGGUAUUCUUUAUACACCCAAUAAGCUUCUACCCAAGCUCUUUGGCGAACUACGAAACCGAUACCUAUCACGCGAGGGCGGCUACACGCGAGUCGUCCGCACAGAGCCCAAGAACACAUACGACCAGGGCGAGAGCGCAAUCCUCGAAUUCGUCGACGGCAAGAAGGACUCCCGGUUCAUGAUGACGGCCAAGACCCUCGCGCGGGACCGCAUGCUGGGGCGGCCCUCCACGUCGGUGACUCUCCAGAACGUGAAGAAGGUGACCAAGUUCCGGGACGAGAAGGAGCUGGAGGAGAUGGUGCACAAGUUUAUGAUCUUGAGCACCGAGGGCGAGGGUGCGCUGGAGGCCCAGGGCGAGAGCGCCGACUCCGCCAGAUUCGCUGAGAAGGAGGGUGCUGCUGCGGAAGCCAUGGCGGGAGAUAUUGUUCCUGAAAGCGCAAAGUCUGCCAAGAUAGAUGAGGAAGCAAAGAGGUGA